UCAUGGUAGAAAUCUAUUAUGAGCAGAAUUUGUUAACUAUGUCUGAAUACUCUGAAAAUAAUGAAAAAAUGUCUUCCUUCGAGUAACUGUAAUUCGUCACUGCCUUCAUUCUGUUCAGGAGUAGGGACAUCAAAUCGAAGGCUCUGGCUGCCUCUUCUUGAGUUGAGUAGGUAUGAAUGUAUGUCUUCUUGUUUCCAACAUUGAUGAGGGCUUGCCAUCUCAAACCAUUCUUGAACACUCCAGUGUAGCGAGACCUCCUUGUACUGAUUUUUGAAAUUCUACGGUUUGCUUUGGGUCUUCCAAACACAAGAGUCUUGAAAGGAUCUUCAAUUCUCACCAAGUACUGAUACAGCCUGGUUAAUCUUGACUGGAGAUAAUUUGUCCUAUCUCCUAGUGACGGAGCCCUACCAGUGUAGUCAACUUCAGUCUCAUUUUGGAAUUCUGGAUACUCUUGAAGAUUAUUGUUGAGUCAAGUCUUAAACUCAUCACUUAAAGGUGAUAAUGGACUUGGUGUUUCUCAAUGGCA